UCUGACCAAUCUUGACUCUUCAUUCCAGGUAUAUCGCACGAACCAGGCUGGCGGCGGCCACUGGCACCUAAUGGGGAUACAGGCUGACAGCAAUAACCUUGUAGUUUAAAAUUGAGCUUUAGCAUAUCCCUACAGCGUCUGCUGCACCUACUGCAUUAGCUGUGUCAACUGACUCUCUAAUAGGAUCCAAUAAGAAAUGAUUUAAACCUUAUCACUUAAACGCAAGUAUCUAAUUCCUCCGCUUAGAACAGUGAAAACCACCUAGAUGGCGCUAACAACCCCGCAGUGAAUUACCCCAAGUUCUCCGCGUUCGGGCGAACAAUAGAGCGACCCAUUAUUUCUGUGUGGAUUAUGCGUGUUGUCGCAGGGAUAAAUAUUUAAGAACCCCAAAACCCCCAAUUGUGCCUACCUCUCUUUCGUUCUCACGUUUCUCUCAGAAAUCGUUAAUAUGAGUAACUCUACCACAGAAGAAAAGCCGACCUUAGUGGAGGUCGAAGCGCAGCCCACCUCCACGGGCACACCUGUCUACGAUGUCGACGAGAAGGUCGAUUACGACCGGAUGCGCGCCGUCAAUGCUGAAAAGAUCGAACAUGACAUGAGUGUGAUCCAGGCUAUCAAGGCCUAUCCCGCUGCCAGUUGGUGGGCAUUUGUCAUGUCAUGCACGAUUGUAAGCUCUUGCCCAUGACAGGCAGAUAUUUCUCUAACUCUAUGAUAGAUUAUGGAGUCCUACUGUGUUUUCUUGAUGGGACAGUUCAUAGCCACAGCUCAGUUCGCUCACGAUUUCGGUGUAUACAGCGCAAAAACCGAUAAGUGGAUUAUCGAAGCUUCAUGGCAGUCAGCAUUCCAGUGUAGCGGACCAGUGGGUGCCUUCAUCGGGGUCUUCGUCGCAGGUCCCAUUACCAGUCGGAUUGGAUAUCGAUGGGCAACCAUUGGCGGUCUCAUGUGUUUGAACGCCUUCAUCUUCAUCUUCUAUUUCGGUAACAGCCAGGGUAUGUUUUUCGCGGCCCAGAUCCUGGAAGGCAUUCCGUGGGGUAUUUUUAUCGCCAAUGCACCCGCUUAUUGUGCUGAAAUUGUGCCACUGAGAUUGAGAGCUCCAGCGACGCAGAUGUUGCAGAUGUUCUGGGCUAUUGGAGCGAUCAUUGUCGGCGGUAUCACUUACCACUACCAAUCCAAGACCGACUCCUCAGCGUACAGGUUCGUCCGCUCCCAUAGAUGCCAUCGAGAAGAUCUGUACUAACAAUCAUAUCAGAGUUCCCAUCGCACUCCAGUGGAUAUUCCCUACUCCACUCGCUAUCCUACUCUUCAUUGCGCCUGAAUCACCCUGGUGGCUCGUACGUAAGGGCCGUCUGGCUGAGGCAGAGAAGGCUAUCAAACGCCUUGGACGCGCGAGUGCAAAUGAUAAUCCCGCUGACGCAGUCGCAAUGAUACGUCGCACGAUCGAGCUUGAGACGAGCGUGGAGCAGCCCAGUCUUAUUGAACUGUGGAAAGGUACUGAUCGCUACCGCACCUUGAUUGUAUGCGGCGUGUACGCAUCUCAGAAUCUGACAGGUAAUCUGAUCGCUAACCAAGCGGUUUACUUUUUCAAACGCAAGUUCACCCAUUUCCUGCAACCUUAUAGCAGACUAACACCAAGUUAGAGGCCGGCAUGGCAGACAACACCGCAUUUGCACUUGGCCUCGUAACUUCUGGCCUCCAGUGGAUCAUGGUCAUGGUCUCUUGGGUCCUCACUACAUACCUCGGCCGACGCACCAUCUAUGUCUAUGGUCAAUUCAUCAACUGUGUAUUCUUAGUCGCGCUCGGUAUUUCGGCUUCAGUUGGCGGUGGUACGGCGGCUAGCAAUGCGCAAGCAUCACUUGCCUUGAUCGUCUCCGUCCUGUUCUGCUUGGGACCCGCCCCUGCCUCAUGGGUCAUCAUUGGCGAGACCUCUUCCGUUCGUCUUAGGCCACUGACAACUGGUAUCGGACGAGCUGCCUAUUACUUGGUCGAUAUCCCUUGCAUCUUCCUUUCUAGCUACAUGCUCAACACUGAUAAGUGGAACCUGGGCGGCAAGAGCGGCUACAUCUGGGCUGGCACCGCCUUCGUCUGCACCUCCAUGGCUUGGGUCUGGGUUCCAGAAAUGAAGAACAGGUCCUUCCGUGAGAUCGACAUUUUGUUCACGCGUAAAGUCCCGGCUCGCAAAUGGUCGAAGACGAUAAUCGAUAUCAACGACGAUGAGUAGAUGGAAAUUUGUUGUUUGAGGAAGCUUGACUUGAGUAGCACUCCUUCUGUAGGAAUCGGUGGUAGAGACGAGUUUCUUACUGGAUAUUUUCCGACAAGUUUAAUUAUUUUCAAUAUGAGUUGAAGGGUAAGUAAGGAUAAUGUUGAAAUAGGUAUUAUACUAGCUUUAUGUCGUAUGGAUAUAUGUAUAUAGAGUAUAUUUCAGUCUAUAUUAUAGAAUGAAAAAGA